AUGGCUUCAGAUGGAGCAUCUUCACUGCCGGGACCGGAUAUGACCAUGAAACCUGGUGCCACCCUGUCUACUUUCACUGCAGUUCCCUUUCCCCUACCUAUACCUGGCCCACCAGACCAACCACCCUGGGAGCCACCUCCACAGCCCCCCAUGCCUUCAGCAUUUUCUCCAGGCAACCCUCUGGUGCUCUCCGCUUUCCCCAGCCCACUGUUGGUGACAGGGGAUGGGGGCCCUUGCCCCAGUGGGGCUGGAGCUGGCAAGGUCAUUGUCAAAGUCAACACAGAAGGGGGGCCAGCUGAGCCCUCUCAAACUCAGAACUUUAUCCUUACUGAGACCACCCUCAAUUGGAUUGCCUCGGGCACUCCCUGCGGGGGCCCUGGGGGCCUUGAGGGUCCUCCACCUCAAUUCAUGGUAGGCCCCAAUGUGAAGACCAUUCUGCCCACUACGGCUGCUGGCAUGAGCCAGGAGGGCCCCCCAGGCCUUCCUCCUCAGGCUCCACCACCAGUUGCCCAACUGACCCCCAUUGUGCCACCGGAACAGUCUUGGCCAGGGCCACCUGGGACCACCGGGGAAGGCAGUGCUGCGGCCACCCAAUCCAAGCCCUCACUGGGUGACCUCUCCUAUACUUCCAAGGGUGUUUAUGAAAACUUCCGUCGCUGGCAGCGUUACAAAGCCUUGGCCCGGAGGCAUUUUUCCCAAAGUCCUGAUGCAGAAGCUCUUUCCUGUUUUCUUAUCCCCGUGCUUCGUUCCCUGGCCCGACUGAAACCCACCAUGACCCUGGAGGAGGGACUGCCAAGGGCCGUGCAGGAGUGGGAACGCACCAGCAACUUCAACCGGAUGAUCUUUUAUGAGAUGGCAGAAAAGUUCAUGGAGUUUGAGGCUGAGGAGGAGAUGCAGAUUCAGAAAGUACAGCUGAUGAAUGGGCCUGAGGGUCUGUCUCCUGCAGCCCCUUUGAAGCUUGAUCCUCCAGGGCCCCUGGCCCCCGAGGUUUGCCAGCAGCCAGUGUACAUUCCAAAGAAGGCAGCCUCCAAGGCACGGGCCCCCCGCCGGCGUCAGCGCAAACCCCAGAGGCCUCCAGUUCCUGAGGCACCCAAGGAGAUCCCACCAGAAGUUGUGAAGGAGUAUGCCGACAUCAUGGAAGGGCUGGUGGGGAGUCACUCGGCCACUGGGGAAUCAGAUGAAAAUCAGGAAGAGGUAGAGCAGCAGCAGGAGGAGGAAGAGAUGUAUCCAGAUCCAGGUCUCCUAAGCUACAUCGAUGAGCUGUGUUCUCAGGAGGUCUUUGUCUCCAAGGUGGAGGCCAUCAUUCACCCUCAAUUUUUGGCAGAUCUGCUGUCCCCAGAACAGCAGAAGGAUCCCUUGGCCUUAACUGAGGAGCUGGAACAAGAAGAAGGACUUACUCUUGCCCAGCUGGUCCGGAAGCGACUCCUGGCCUUAGAAGAGGAGGAGGAUGUGGAGGCGCCUCCAAGUUGCAGUGGAGCUCAAUCGGACUCAAGUCCUUCUGCUUCUGAUGAGGAUGAAGAUGGGAGUGGGCAGCUUCGGCCUUCACCUGGGCCUCGGGGAACUGGGGGUACUGUUCGCCUUAGAAAGGCUGCUUCUCUAGGAAAGCGGGCAAGAGAAGUGCAUGGUGGGCGGGAGCGAGCCCUGGAUGGCCCGAGGGGGAUGCGCAGGGAUGGGAACACUCUGCCACCCACGAGGAGCUGGGACCUGCAGCUAGAACUUGCAGCUCCACAGGGAACUCUGGGACCCUUGGGUAUUGAGACAGGAGGGUCUGGGAAGUUUAUAAACCAGGUAUCUCCCUAUCAGGAUGGCCACCUGGGGGGUGCUGGGUCCCCUGGGCACUGCCUGGAGGCUGACAGAACUUCAGAUGCUCUGCCCCUUUGCUGGCAGAAAGGCCUCCAGUCUGAGAGAGCUCCCAGUUUAGACGUUGGUCUUGCAGAGCCAGCUCCUCUGCAAGGACAAGGGUUAGAAAAGCAGGUCCUGGGGCUGCAGGCAGGACAACAGAUGGGGGGUCUUGGAGUGCUUCCUCAAGGGAAGGAGCCUUUAGCGGUGCCCCAGGAAGGCUGUUCAGGAGCAAUGUGGGGAGAUAACAGAAGUCUUCCCAUGGCUCCAAGUUAUGAUCAGAACCUUUCCCCUAGAGCAGCUGGGGACAGGGAUGGGCCCUCUUUCCGCCCAGGACUUUGGCUGAGCAAUGAGAUGGAUGUUGUAGGCUUAGAACUGCCCAUACAAAUCGAAGAGGUCAUAGAGAGCUUCCAAGAUGGGGAAUGUGUAACUGAGCCCCAGGGAGGCUGCCAGGCACUGGGUUCCAGAAGUAAGAUUUCUCUGGGUCCUGGAGAAACCACAGUCCCUGGGAAUGUGGGGAGCAGUGUGAGUCCCUGUGGAAGCACAGAUGCCACAGCUGCCCUAGAAAAGAGAAACUACUACAGCUUGCCUGGACCUGUGCAGGGGAAUAGCCCGGCCUUGAGGCCCAAAAAAAAUAGAGAACAGAGCCCUCAGACCUUACGGGAUCCCAGUGAUCUGUGGGCUGAAGGUUGCUCCCCAUUGCUGGAAAGCAGAAUUGAUGCCUCCACACUGGGGUCUUCCAAAGAAACCCUCCUGCCCAUAUGCCAAGGCAGUCUCCUUAUCUUGGGGGCCCAGCAUGCCUCCUCCUUCCCUGAGGCCAGCCACGAGGCAGGAAGCAGAGGCACCUCCUUUGCUCCUCUGUUGGCAACCACAGAAGACAGCAACACACUAGAUGUUAGAGAUGAUUGUGGCCUCCAAGUAGGGGUCAGUGAGGAUACUUGCCCACCAAAUUUUAAUUCUUAUGACCUGAAAGGAGAGGGCAGGGAAGAUACUGAUCUUUCCAAGCCUAAAGACCAUGCUCCUUUACAAGAGAGUCAAGAGUCUUAUGCACUCGGAACCCCCAAAUCAACAUCUCACCAGGACCUUGGAAGCACUUCCCCUACAUGGGGAACUAGGGAUGCCUUAGUUCUGAGAGAAAACCCUUCUGUUAGUGAAACAUGCAGCUCAGCAGAUGGGAGGGAGAAGGGGAAGAAGAAGGAGAGGGAGAAAGAAGAGGAGGAGGAUGAGGAACUCUCUAACUUUGCCUACCUCUUGGCAUCUAAACUUAGCCUGUCAUCAAAGGGGCUUCCUCUUAGUCCCUGCCAUGCCUCAGGAGGUCAGGGCAUCCAGAAAGCAUCCCACCUCCUCUGUGCUGAGGCAAGAGGCCUCAGCCAACCUCCGUAUCCUGUUGCCAAGUCUAGGCAGCGAGCUCUAGUUGGAGGUCCAGCCCCCGCCGAAAAGAGACCCCACUCAGGAGCUCAACUUGGGGUCCCUGGGGAGAAACCCCUGGCUGUGGGAGUGGUUCGACCCUCACAGCCCCGUAAAAGACGGCGUGACAGUUUUGUCACAGGCAGAAGGAAGAAGCGACGUCGUAGCCAGUAG